UCUAGACUCUAGUCCUUCCCUCUCUUCUCGUCCGAGUUCUAACUCCUCAUUAAAUCUUGAUGUGUUUCAUUAAGAUUUGGAUGAUCUCGUUUUCUAUUUUUUCUUCAGAAUUAGGGUUUUAAUCGGAUAUCACGAAAUGAGUUUUUUUUUUUCUUUUUUUUCUACUAUUCGUUAUUUUUGAGAAUUACGAAAUGAGGGGUUAGUUUUGAUGCCAAUCACUAUUUCUAAAUCUUAACAUUGAUGAGAGAUUUUAGUUCUUAAUAAUCGUCUCUUGCUUGUUUUUUCAGGUGAAAAGAGAUCAUAAUGUAUGCAUUGAGUAGAGUAGACCCUGGUAAUGUAGUUGGUGACUUGGUUCUUCAUUUCUACAGCACCUAAUUACAGUGAAACCUUAUUUGUGUGGUAUUAGGUUUUCAUCUUAGUUAAAGAGUUCCAUCAAUUUUUUUAUUUUUUUUCUUUCUGUGAUCCCACAUGUUGUAAAGAAGAGCUCAUCAGUUCCUGCUAUAAUUAAAUUCCUGAUUGGUUUAUGUUAUUCUAAAAAUGGCUGUCAAGAAAUUUUAUGAAAUUCUUGCUACACGGGAAAGACGUUCGUUUUUAACAUUGAUUUAAUUUAACUUACUGUGAAUGGUGAAAAAGUGAAAGGAGUUAUUGAAAGUGAAUGUAGGAAUGGUAUAAAUGUCAUAGAGAAGGAGGGAUGGUCAGUUUUUCUCACUAAUGAGAUGUUACUCAAAGCGCCAUUCAUCAGAAAGACUGGACAGAAAGAUGAUAUUUCUAUCCUUGUAGAUCAAGGCUUAUGAACUGGAAAUUUCUUUAUGAUCAGGGAUGCCACGCGUUCAAAGCUUCUCGAGGCUAUUCGUGCUGCUGACAUACAUUCUUCGUGAAGGCUUAAUCGUAAUUUCAAGAUUGAGUACGUCUUUAAGCUUUUGCUUUCCUUUGUGGAUUAUGUUGAUGUUCAAGGUUUCUCUGUUAUUCUGUGGACUGAGUUAUCAUUCCGAUUUAGAUCACUGUACAGGUUUCUCGCCCAAAAAUCUUGCCAUAUCUAAAUGUUCCCUUAGUUAUAGUCAAAGAUUAUCCUCAAAGUUAACCAUAGUAUAUUCCCAAUAUCUCAUUGACUAUACAUACAUAAACCUUUUUCUACCAAAACCCAAUUCCAGUCUUUUUCAUACCUUAUUAAUCAAAAUGGAAGAAGAAAGCUCUAGUCAAGUGGUGGAUCUAGUUAAUAAGUUCAAAAAAGCAACCUUAGAUCUUGGAGACUCUACAAAAAUUGUAAUAUGUCAGCAGGAUAAUGAUAUCAAUGAUGAAGAGGAUAACAAAUGGGAGGCUACUGCGAUUGGAAAAGUAAUCAUAGAAGGAAGAAUGAAUUAUCAAACUAUGGAAAAAUGGAUUGGUUUUACUUGGCCAUUCAUCACUCAAGAAGAUAUGAAGAUUAUUGAGCUUGAACCAAAUAUUAUGCUUUUCAAGUUUAACAAAUGGGAUCUGAUAAACACAGUCAUUAAUGAAAGACCAUGGAGUGUCAACAACCAUCUUCUAGUGGUUCAUGAAUAUAUCCCAGGUAUGGUCUACACUGAAAAACACUGGGGAUUUCAGCAAUUUUGGAUACAACUCAAAUACCUUCUUCCAGAGCACAUGAAUGUUUUUUCAGUUACUAAGAUUGGGGAAGUAAUGGGUGAAGUUAUAGGGAUUGAAUCUAAAGAUGUUAUCCCAAAUGGAAAUAUUCCAGUAAAAGUUUGUGUCAAUGUUGAUCUCUCCAUGCCUCUUAGAAGAGGAGUGAAAUAUGUUACGAAUUCAGGAGUUAGUCGAUGGCAGAAAUUCUUUUUUGAGAGGCAACCAAGAGCCAUUUGCACUGAAUGCUAUGUCAUUAACCAUAACAAGGGAGCUUGUAAGGAUGCGGCUGAAUAUUUUUUGAAAGCCCAUGAGAAGCCGUAUUUUUUUUGGGAAAGUUACCAAUGUCAGGAAAACUAUUACUUCUAGGUCUGCUCAGGAUGCGCCAAUAGCCAGUAAGACUAUAAAAAGUAUGUCAAAACAACCACAUUUGUUCCGCCAAAAGAUGAAGAAGUUAUUAAUCUGGAUUUUCUUCUCACUGCUAAUAUGGAUACUUCGACUGAAGAUCAAAGACUUGGAAAAUGAAUUCGAGUAGAGGAAGUUGCCUUAGUCAUACCUUCUGAUGCUAAUUCCAGUCCACAGAACAUUAACUCAAGCAUCAAUACAGUUGCAGAGACUAGUCUCAGGGUCACUUCAAAAGAAGAUCAAACUGGAAGCAAUGUCCUGGAGACUCAGGUAAUUUUAAAUACUCAUAUCUUCUUAGUUUUUGUUUAUACCCAAGUCAUUUUAACUGUUUUCACGUAUUCACUCGAUCUCAUGCUAUUGUUUUUGUUGGUCAACACAUAUUUAUUAUUAGGGUUUUUUCUUUAAUCAUAGAGUUAAAACCUUUUAGUAUUUAUUGUGCUAGCAUAGUUAUUUUGAAUCAUUACGGUUUCCUUGCAUAAGAAGUUACAUUCAUAUUAGUUUUCAGGGUUCGAGUAAUUUUUUUCUUUACAUUGGUUUUAUAAAGAAUUUUAUUCACAAAGAAUCUACACUCAUACAGUGAAGGUUAUCUCUUGGAAUGUUCAAGGUCUUAAAAUUGUUAAUACUAGAAACUAAAUUAGAGAUUUGAUUAGGACACAAAACCCGGAUAUUAUCUUCUUAUGUGAAACCAAACUUCAUGAGGAUAAGAUGAGAUCUCUUGUUACUCCUUAUCAAUUCCCUAAUGUUCGCUACAUAUCUUCGGUUGGCUUGUCUGGUGGUCUUACAAUAAUGUGGAAAAAUGGAUUCUCUUGUGAAGUUUUAGGUUCCAAUAACAAUAUGUUCCAUUUGCUUAUUCAAGAUGACCCCAGCCAACCUGAGUGGCUAUUAUCUUGUAUGUAUGGGUAUGGUAAAGGUCAGAGGAAAAAAGAACAAUGGGACUUCAUCAAUGAAACUGGUAAAAAUGUUACUAGUCCGUGGUUAGGAGAUCUCAAUAUUCACCUCUCUAAGGAUAAUUCUUCUACUUCUUCUUAUUCUGAUGGCUGGAUUAAGUCAAUACUUCGGGAUAUUGGAUUAGAUGAUUUGGGUUUCAUAGGCCAUGAGCAUACAUGGACAAAUAACAAUCUGGGGACAAGGCAAAAAAGAUCGAGAAUAGACUUAGCACUAGGUAAUGCAUGUUGGAUUCUUAUUUUCCUUCUUCAAAAGUUCUUCAUCAGAAUCAGCUGGGAAGUGAUCAUUGUCCCAUUAUGCUCAUUACUGAUUAUAAUCAACCAAAGCUUUGGAAACCUUUUAAGUUUUUUCAAACUUGGCUGAAUGAUAAAAGAUGUGCUGUUGAGAUAGCAAAAGCAUGGAGUAAGCAUGUUCAAGGAUCAGCUGCUUUCAAGUUAACUAAAAGAAUACAAUUUACAAGAAUUACUUUAUCUAAAUGUAACAGAGAACACUUUGGUGACAUCAAUCUUAAGGUGGAUACUUUGUAACAACAACUCUCUGAUAUUCAAGCUCAAACUUAUUCUCAAGAAAAUACUUCCAUGGCUUUUGAAAUUAAUGAAGAGCUACAAAAAUGGCAUCAUAUCCAACAUGAAUUCAAUAAGCAGAAGUCAAGAGAUAACUUUCUUAAUCAUAUGGAUAAUAACUCCAAAUAUUUCCAUAACAUUACCAAAAGGAACAGAACUAGAAACAAUAUUGAUUCUCUUAAAGAUCAAAAUGGUAAUUGGGUUCAUUUUAGAGAUCAAAUUGCUAAACUGUUAACUGAUAAUUUUCAAGACAUAAGUAUUUCUUCUCAUCCUUUGAUUGAAGAAAGAUUUUAUUCUAAUCUUCCUUCUAUUAUUACUGAAGAAGAUAAUGCUUCUCUUGUGGCUAUCCCUACUAAUGAAGAAAUUUUAAUUGCUCUCAAAAGUAUGGAAAAUUGGUCAGCUCCUGGCCCUGAAGGAUUCCAGGCAGGAUUCUAUAAAUCUCAAUGGAAUAUUGUGGGAGAAGAUAUUUGUGAUAUGGCUAAAAGUUUUUUCACCUCUAAGCACAUUCUUAAGUCUCUCAAUAAGACAUACAUCUCUCUCAUACCUAAGACAAGAAAACCAACAACUCCAACUGAAUUCAGGCCUAUCAGUUUAUGUAAUAGUUCGUAUAAGAUUAUUUCUAAAAUCUUGGUGUCCAAAAUAAAGACCUUGAUGGAUAAAAUUGUUUCUCCUUAUCAAGCUGUUUAUGUAUCUGGAAGG